GGGCGCGGCCCUGCAGUGGCGGCGGGGCUCCUCCUCCGUCCUGGCUCCUCCUCGGCCUUCCCCUCGGGCGCUCUAACGCUAACUGUGCUCCUCUGGAAGCCCUCCGCCUGCUCCCAGCCAUGGCCUGGCGCUCGGCGUUCCUCGUCUGCCUCGCUUUCUCCUUGGCUAUCCUGGUCCAGAGAGGAUCUGGAGACUUCGAUGAUUUUAAUCUGGAGGAUGCAUUUAUAGAGACUUCCUCAGUAAAGCAGAGAUGGGACCAUAUCACCACCACCACAACCAAGAGGCCAGGAACUACAAGAGCUCCAGCAAAUCCUGCAGGUAGUGAAUUUGACUUGGCUGAUGCUUUGGGUGAUCGAGAUGAUGGCCGCAGGAAACCGAGUGCAGGAGGAAGAGAGAGAUGGGACCACAUCACCACCACCACAACCAAGAGGCCAGCAACCCCCAGAGCUCCAGCAAAUCCUGCAGUUGAUGAUUUUGACUUGGCUGAUGCCUUAGAUGAUCGAAAUGAUCGAGAUGAUGGCCACAGGAAACCGAGUGCAGGAGGAAGAGGUUUUUCAGACAAGGAUCUUGAAGACAUAGUAGGGGGUGGUGAUUAUAAACCUGACAGGAAUAAAGGUGAUGGUGGGUAUGGCAGCAAUGACGACCCUGGAUCUGGUAUGGUGGCAGAGACCGGCACCAUUGCUGGGGUGGCCAGCGCCCUGGCCAUGGCCCUCAUCGGCGCCGUCUCCAGCUACAUCUCCUACCAGCAGAAGAAGUUCUGCUUCAGCAUCCAGCAGGGUCUCAAUGCAGACUACGUGAAGGGAGAGAACCUGGAAGCCGUUGUGUGUGAGGAGCCCCAAGUGAAAUACUCAGCGCUGCACACAGAGUCUGCGGAGCCGCCAUCUGAGCCGGCCCGGAUCUGAGGGCGCCCCGUUCAGCAGCAGGUGCCACCGCUUGUGACCUGGCUCUUUUAUUUGGCCCCACAGCUGCUAUGCUUCUCUUUCGAUGCCAUUGGCUCCUUGUUCUAAGCUUUCCGGAUGAGCUCUGGGUGCUCGUGAGUUUGGUUUCUGUGCCCUGCCAUCCAGGGCGGGGUGUCCACCCUGCUCUGAGAGACCUUGGUGCUGAAAUUCAAGAGCCGGCUCUGGCACAGAGCCAGCUUUGGCGGCGACCCGGUCACCGACUCCCCAAAGCCAGCCUGCCCCCAGCCUGACCAAGCACAGGGUGGGAGGAGGCAUGACGGGGGAAGAGGAUGCUGGGGAUGCCGACAGAGGAGGACACUCGUGCUUAGGGGGGACAAGAGUUUGAACCUAGGAUACUGCGAUCCGCCUGCAUGCUGGAGUGGCUCACUGUGGCGGGUUUCUGCCACUAGGCAGCCCCCAGCAGAGACCUCGAGGAGCUGCCAUUUGGGGGGUGCCCAGCCAGCAUCCAGAGCCCCUGUGAGGAGUGAACAGCCAGCACCAAGGACCGCCACACGCACGCGGCACCCAGGGCGGCGUUUUCAUUUGUCUUUCUCUCCCAUCCCAGGUUUUACGUUGCUGCUCCAAGUGGAGGCCGUUCAGUUAUUUAAGUGCAAACGUGCAUCUCACGAGUCCUUCCCUGAGAGUUUAGCAAUCUUCUGGAUAAGUAGCAAGCUGGGACUUGCAGGCCUAAUUCCCAGAUGAUUCCCUAGGGCACAGGUGUGGUCUUAGGGCUAACAUGUUUACUCUUUAGGAAUCAUUGCUACAUUGGAAAUGUUUUAGACUGGGCAGGGGGAGGUGCUCACCCUCCACCUGUCUAUGAUCUCACUUUGGUAGCAAGAGCUAGACGUCGGGAAUAAGCAUCAAAGCCAGAAGCAUGCUGGUUUGCUUAAACAGGUAUUGGGGGUGGGGAGGGAAGGGGAGACAUGCUGCUUGGUGUGGUGAGAGACAUUUGACUUUCUAGCUCUGCGGUCAGCCUGCCGUCACCAUCGCCUGUUCUGAUGAAGAGUGGCUCCCCGGAAUGUUCCUUUAGACCCCAUGUGGCUCUAGCCCAGUGAGCUCUGUUUUGGGAGGCUGAGCUAGGGUCUACUGUUAAUCCGUUUGCCAUGUCACAAAGCACUUCUGGAAGCAGAAUGAGUCACUGGGCAGGCAGGAUCCUAUUUACAAAACUCUCAGGCCUCUUUGGCUUAGACGAUGGCCCCACACGUUCCAAGGAUUUUUAAGGAAACCACUGGAAUUCGCAGCCCCCAUGUGCUAUCUGAUGCAUGCCUCGUGUUCAUUGUUUUAGAAACAUCCCCGUGGUGGGCGGGUGGUCAGUUGCAGCACUGUGCAAGGCUGCCUCUCUGGGCCACCCCAGUGUGUGCCUGCGAGUUCUGAGACACCCCUCCUCCUGCUCAGCCCUUUGAGCCCAGGCAGCCCAGGACUGUGUGGCUGAAAGGGGGCCCGGGGCAUUGGGGCAAAGCCAUGAAGGAAGGAAACUGUGGCCUGGAGAAUCUCCCUGUGCUUCAGCAAAGCAAUUAGCAAGGCAGACGUUGCUUGCAAGAUUGGCCUGUUUCCAGGGCUUCUCAUCCUCAUUGCCCAGAUUGUCAAUUUGAUCAGGUUUGUCCCUCCCUGACACCAAGGCCAUUGGCCUCGCCCCCUGGCCGGUGCUGGGCUGGAGGUAGCUAUGGAGGAUUUUUGCAUCCAUAGCUUACUGCUACCUAGACGACGUGACCUCAGGGGGGUUUCCACCUUACCUUUAUGGUGAGGCCUAUCCGAUGGCAAAGACCUUGAAACCCUAUAGCUGUGACAUAAACACUCUGUGAAAACCAUGUUCUCAGUAGCACUGACUUCAAGUAAGAGAGACCUGUUUUGCUGUCCCCUAGCUAGGUACCUUCUGCACAAAGCCCACUGCCUGCUCCCAGGCCCGCAGGCGGCAGCCCCUGGUGACUGGACAUGCCCAGCGGACCCCUCAGCCUCCUGUUUGCAGAGCGCUCAUCCCAGAGAUGUCGCCCUCCCACAGGCAUUUUAAGCCUGCUCUGAACGGUCACCUGCAGAAGCCGAGGCGGUCUCUUGUGACUAUCUGAAGAUUGCAUGGACCAGCUUGGGCCUGUCCCAGGUGACAGGGCAGAGAGUGGACUAGAAGGGCCAAUUGAAAAUAGCUAAUCGGUGUCAGCUUAAUUUGGCAGAGAAAACUAACAACUCUGAGCACGUGCUGGCAAAGUCACAGCCCAAGGAAACAAAGCCGAGGGGCAGGGAGGCGGGGCAUCCCUGGGGACACCUGAGGGAGGCUCGCCAGUUCUCCGAGGAAGGAAUGGAGACUGAUCUCAGAAUCCCCUGUACAUGUGUUUAUGUGCUUGUGUCCAGGUGUGAAUUGUGAACUGUCUAGUGUUUGCA